AUGAAGUUCAGUUCCACUGUCGCUCUUGCCAUCCUCGGCGUCAGUUCACCCCUACUAUUCAUUCCUCGCAUCCUGCUGACAAUCACAGAAACUUUGGCCGCCGAAUCCAUUGAGGCAGUUGAGCCUCUCAUCGAGAGAUCCGAAGCCGUCCAGGCUCGAGACCUCGGUUGCUACCAGCAAGGUACAUCCAGCAAGCCGGCUAUGUGCUACAAGGGCAACUGCCCGUCCAACAGAAGAAGUGUCUUCUGGGACUUCGGAUGCCCUAGUGGAGCCUGGAAGUGCUGCAUCUAA